AUGGUGGACCGCGAGCAACUGGUGCAGAAAGCCCGGCUGGCCGAGCAGGCAGAGCGCUACGACGACAUGGCUGCGGCCAUGAAGAACGUGACAGAGCUGAAUGAGCCGCUGUCCAAUGAAGAAAGAAACCUCCUCUCUGUGGCUUACAAGAACGUAGUUGGGGCCCGCCGUUCAUCAUGGAGGGUCAUUAGUAGCAUUGAGCAGAAGACAUCUGCAGAUGGUAAUGAGAAGAAGAUAGAGAUGGUCCGUGCUUACCGUGAAAAGAUUGAGAAGGAGUUGGAGGCGGUGUGCCAGGAUGUGCUGAGUCUGCUGGAUAACUUCCUGAUCAAGAAUUGUAGCGAGACCCAGUAUGAGAGCAAGGUGUUCUACCUGAAGAUGAAAGGGGACUACUAUCGCUACCUGGCUGAAGUAGCCACCGGAGAGAAGCGGGCAACUGUGGUGGAGUCGUCUGAGAAGGCCUAUAGUGAAGCCCAUGAGAUCAGCAAGGAGCACAUGCAGCCCACUCACCCCAUCCGAUUAGGCUUGGCUCUUAAUUACUCCGUUUUCUACUACGAGAUCCAGAAUGCCCCGGAACAAGCAUGCCACUUGGCCAAGACCGCUUUUGAUGACGCCAUCGCCGAGCUCGACACUCUCAACGAGGACUCCUACAAGGACUCCACGCUCAUCAUGCAGCUGCUCCGCGACAACCUAACGCUCUGGACAAGCGAUCAGCAAGAUGACGAUGGCGGAGAAGGCAACAAUUAGGCCCCCAGGUGGACUGGCAGCGCACGCUGAUGCUACUACUGCAGUCUUUAUUUUUUUCCCAUGAGUUGGGGGUUGGGUAGGGGAGGGAAUAGGAGGGAUGACCUUCCUAGGGAGGAAACCCACGACAUGUCCUGUCUUUGAUCGCCUCUUUGACAUUUUUGCCAAAAUACCACUAGUGGAAAGUCAGGCUAGCUGUGCUGGUAUUGGAAUAGCAGCCUUACACUGGCAUUUGGACUGUUCUCUAGAUUAAUGCAAGUGGAGCUGUCUGUCUUUAAUUUAACUUAUUGCUAGAUACUAGGGUUUUAAGAUGAAAAGAAAACCCCAAUGGAAUGGCCCUCAUUCAAUAAGUUCUGUGGUUCCAGUAAGGUUUUUUGUGUACACAUGGCUCUUGUCUUAAGUUUUGGGUACUUUCUAUCUCAUCUGUUUCCGCUGUCCUUUUUUUUUUUAUUCCCCCCUACCAGACACGGAAUAAUUCAAAUCCCAAACUGACAGGCUUAGAACAUAAGGUGUAUUUAUCCUUA